AUGAAUGAAACGAACUCAGUACUGUCAACAAAUCAGAAAUUGCAACCCUUUUUGCUCCUAUCUAAGUCAGUGAAAGGGGCAGCUAAUGCCAAGUUAAUUAUGGAUGCGUUGAGUGCAUCAGGCGUUUUCGUCUUUACAGAGUUAUACGAAUCUCCCAAUCUAGUCGAGGCUUCUACAUUGCCGGAAGUGGCACCUUAUUACAAGUUACUGAGUAUUUAUUUAUAUGGAACCUGGAAAGACUAUAAACAGUUUAUGUCAGAAUUACCUGCUUUGAAUGAAAACCAAGUAAAGAAGCUUAAAAUACUUUCUAUGGCUACUUUAUCUGAAUCACAACAAACCCUUCCUUACGAUAUGUUAUUAUCUGAGCUCGAUAUUCCCACAGUGAGAGAACUUGAAGAUUUGGUCAUUGAUGCUUUUUAUCAAGGCGUACUUACAGGAACAUUAGAUCAAAGGAAACGUCAGCUACAAGUGAUGUCCAGUAUGGGGCGUGAUUUACGACCUCAACAACUAGAAGAAACCAUGGAUAUACUUGCUUCUUGGUCAGAAAAUACAACACGACUAUUACAAGCCCUAGACGCCAAAAUUGCCAGCUUACAAGAAGCUGUUCAAAUGAAUGAUCAAGCUCGGGAGCAAUAUAACAAUGAAGUUGAACAACUACGUCGACAAAUUCAUUCUAAUAAUAAUGAUAAGGCAACAAAGCCGGAUGUUGGAGAAUGGGAUGAACUCACUAGAACAAUGGAUGUGGAAUCAGGAGCAGCAACACCAGGCGAUGAAAGAGGAAUGAGAAAGAAGGGUCUCACGGGCGAUUCGCCCUUCUCGGACUAUAGCAGUGAACGAGUGAAGAAAAGGUAA